CCAGGGCGCCCGGCUCGCCAGACCCGGAGGCCUCGUCUCGACCACACCGCGCCGGCGUCGCGCGUGAGCCCGGCUUCUGCUCCUGCCCCCUCAGGCAGAAAAAUAUGGCUCAGGAGACUAACCAGACCCCAGGGCCCAUGCUGUGUAGUACAGGAUGUGGCUUUUAUGGGAAUCCUAGGACAAAUGGAAUGUGUUCUGUAUGCUACAAAGAACAUCUUCAGAGACAGCAAAAUAGUGGCAGAAUGAGCCCGAUGGGGACAGCUAGUGGUUCCAACAGUCCUACCUCAGAUUCUGCAUCUGUACAGAGGGCAGACUCUAGUUUAAACAACUGUGAAGGUGCUGCUGGCAGCACAUCUGAAAAAUCAAGAAAUGUGCCUGUGGCUGCCUUGCCUGUAACUCAGCAAAUGACAGAAAUGAGCAUUUCAAGAGAGGACAAAAUAACUACCCCGAAAACAGAGGUGUCAGAGCCAGUUGUCACUCAGCCUAGUCCAUCAGUUUCUCAGCCUAGUACUUCGCAAAGUGAAGAAAAAGCUCCUGAGUUACCCAAACCAAAGAAGAACAGAUGUUUCAUGUGCAGAAAGAAAGUUGGCCUUACAGGGUUUGACUGCCGAUGUGGAAAUUUGUUUUGUGGACUUCACCGUUACUCUGACAAGCACAACUGUCCAUAUGAUUACAAAGCAGAAGCUGCAGCAAAAAUCAGAAAAGAGAAUCCAGUUGUUGUGGCUGAAAAAAUCCAGAGAAUAUAAAUUACUACUUGUGAAGAGACUGAAACUGUUUUUAUUUUAAUAUAUCGUAGGAAAACAUUAAAGAGCAGAUGCAUGGCCAUUUUCCUUUGAUGUUCUCCAGAGUUUUACUUUACAUUUGUCUGUCUUAUAAUUGAUAUUUUUAGGAUGUUUGGGUGUUUGUUACAGGCAGAAUUGGUUAGAUACAGCCCUACAAAAAUGUAUAUGCCCUCCCCUGAAUAAAAUUGGAUGAAAAUCUGCACAACAAAUCAAAAUACACAAAUAAUAGGGACAAAAUUUAGUUCCCUUGUGCCAAACAAAAUAAAUCUCUGCAUGUUUGCAGCAUAUCUGCCUUUUGGGAAUGUAAUCAAGGUAUAAUCUUUGGCUAGUGUUAUGUGCCUGUAUAUUUAUUUUUUAUUUUAUUUUUUUUUUUUUUUUUUAAGAAAUGGUACACCAGAAAAAGACUGGCAAUCUAUUUCUACCAUAAUUAAAAUUCACCCUGUUAAUUUCCAUGAUAGGUUCUUUGGAAGCCAGAAGAAAACUAUACAGAAGAUCAUAAGUUUCUUUUUUUUUUGGUGAAACCAGUAUUUGGUGUGCCCUAUGUAAGCCUGGUUAAUUGGUUGAAUAAGAAAUUCUGAGAAAGGUAAUCAUUGUGGCUGGUAAAUAACACGAGUAAAAACCACCAAGCCAACAGGGGUCUUGAGAUAUCUUUGAAGCUUACUGUGCUGGCCUACACCAGAAGAUGUCUGCAUUACUCAUUGCUAAAAAAUAUGUAGCACAGAACUGCACUAGAAUUAAUUUGUUUAAAAGAAGAAAUAAACUACGUUUGGUUUUCUCAUACAGCAGCUCUAUUGAAUAACAUGCAUCUGAAUUUUAAGUUGCAAAGGUAUCUGAACAGUUAAUUUUUCAUGUGCAUCUUUUGUUGAAUGUUUUGGUUCCAAGAAAGAAUGUUUAAAGCUUUUUUAAAGACUUCAGUUCUUACUGUAACUGUACCCUUCUGCAUGGAAAAUCAUAACCAAUAUGGCUGCAGUAGACUUCUUAGUGGUAUCCAGCACCACUUGCAGAGGGCUGCUUUAUCAUAUUGUACUUGGGUGUAGGACUCUAGUGUUCUUGGGUGUAUUGCAUGGGCUGCAUUAUCUACAGCAUUGUACAAUAACAACUAGAAGAGGCAGUAUACUUCACUGAUGCUUGUCUGGUAAUAUCACUUCUGUGUUAUAAUGGAAGGUUUUUGUGAUGUAUGAAACUUGUGUUUUUUAUAUAUAAAUGAGUAUAGUUAGUGUUGUGGUAAUGCCUGUUUUCAUAUGUAAAUAGUUAAGUAUGUACACAAGGCACUACUGAUUUCUUGCAGUGUUCAGUCCUAGUUUUUACUUUUCUCAAAGCAUUCACUUUUGCUUUCAAUUUUAUGUACCUUAGUUCGUUAGAUAUGCAGAUGUGUACAGAUAGUUCCAUAUUUAUGUAUUGCACAUAAUCAUGCUACUCAGCAUUGAUGCUAUAUUGUAUUAUGUAAAUAAUAAAAGCCAUGUACAGAGGGAAACUUCCACUUACUUAUUCAUUGGGUUUUUAAGCCAUAGUUAGAAGUCCUAAAGGGGAUUAUCAGAUUUUUUUCAUACUCAACUUUUCAGUUGCUUAUGUAGGUUUUGCAUGGCUAUCUUGUAGCUUUUUGUUUCUUUUUCAUUGCCAUCCCUGAGCAUGAUACAUUGAAAUGAGAACCAUGAGGUGAGUUUUGUGAAAUUUUCAUGUAUGUGUACAGUAGGCAAUUUAUUUUUGACGAAUAGGCAUUUUUAGAAGCAAAACAAUGUAGAACUCAGGAAAGGAAAUUUGAACAAUUAGGGCCUGCUUUUUAUGGAUUUUUUGAUUUUUGUAUUAUAGGUAUGGCAAUUUUGCAUACAAAAACUGGCAUGGUUUUACUGCUGUUUUGGGUUUGGUUCCAAUAUAGAUGUGGACUUGGUCUAUGCAAGUGUCAUGCCAGAUAAUAAAGAACAAUGGGUAACGGUGCUAUACGCUUACUUUUGCCCGUGGGGCAGUUGAAGCUAAAAGAACCAUGGCUUCUCAGAGAUGAAGUCUGAAAUGAAAACAAUUUGGUUCACUCUUACAUCUGUUAACAUUUCUUUGGAUGUUGCUACUUUUUUUCAAGUAGGGAAAAUGUAUGUAGAAGUCUAUGAUGAGAUAAUAUAGUAUAUUCUGAAAUGGAUAUGAAAGAAUCAAGACUUGAAAAUGGUCUUUAGAAAGCAAUUUUUUUUCAAAGUUCAAGACAUCCUUGAGUGCUACCCAUCAAAUAUUUGCUGUUGAUAGACUUUGAAGUCAAAGUUGUAAGAAUCGAGACCUAGAUGGAAAGAUGUAACCUUAGGGUUCAUUGUAACUGUAGGAAUGAUUCUGGUAAUGUUCCUAAAAUUUUUAAGAAACAAUAGAGCAGAUCUGCACUAGUAGGUUAAGGCUGGCAAGACUUGGAUCUUAAUUUAGAUCUGCACACAAGCCUUACUGUAUCUUAGACUGGACUAUGAUGGGCCUUAACUUCAGAUGUGCUUUUCAAAUUUGGAGCAUUUUGGGAAUAUACUGUUUCUCCAAAUAGACUAAUCUGCAUAAAAUCAUUACAAAUGUUUUUCUAGGACACACAUGAUGACUGACAUGAAUUAGCUGUAUGACCUUUUGUCAGUUCUAUUCCCUGAGCUUUAUCUGCAAACUAGAACCUUAGAUUUGAUCUGAAUUGGGCUCCCCACAGCAUGAAUUAACUUGGAAAGAAAGUCAUGUCAUAGUGCCUGGCACAUAACUAAGUAUCCCCACUGAAAUUGUUUUUAAUGACAAAUUUUUAGAGCAUUUUUAGGUUAACUUUGAAAGUACAAAGGUUUCCUCAUGUACCCUCAUCUUGUACAUACAACUGGUAUUCCCUAUUACCAACUUCCACCCAAGAGUGGAUUUAAAUUCACUCCUGAUGUGUGAGUUUAGAUAAAUAUGUCAUGUGUCCUUACCUGUAUGUUCACUGCCUCAAAACUGUGCUUUGCCUGUUCCCCUAGAUCCUAGCAACUACUGACCUUGCCUUGUAUAUGACCUUUUCAAAUUGACAUCACUGAUUUAAUUACCAGCAAUAUCUUCACAAGAAUCGCUCAGUAUUCUGUCUACUGUGCCACAAUUGACCCAUUCACCUACUAAAGGACCUCUUUGUCACUUGUGUUUUGGCAAUUAUAAAGCUAUUAUAAACAUCCUUGUGCAGGUUUGUAUGGACCUGAGUUUUCAACUCUAGGUAAAGAAUAUCAAUUGCUGGAUAUGUGAUAAGAAUGUUUAGUUUUGUAAGAAAUUACCAAACUUCCAACUUGGCUGUACCAUUUUGUAAUCCUACCAGCAAUGUAUGAGAAUUCUGUUCCACAUCUUCCAACAUUUAUUGUCAGUGUCUUGGCUUUUGGACAUGUAACGAAUCAGCUCAUUUACAUUUCCCUACUGACAAAAGUAGAGCAUUAUUUCAUGUUUUCAUUUGCCUUUUUCAUAUCCUCUUUAGUAAAAGAUGGGGUAUUAUCUUUGGUCCCAUCAUUAGUCAAAUUUGUCUUAAAGUUCUUUGCAUAUUUUGGAAAAGUCCUUUAUCUGUCUUGCAUAUUCUAGUCCUGACUCAUUCACAAGGAAUGACUCGUUUUGAGUUCUAGAGUUCUAGAAAUUGAGCAUUAAUGAAAUUGAUUAUAUUAAUUUGUAUCAUGGAAAAAGUAAAGUAUAACUUUAAAAAUCUUUAAAGUGAUUAGAAUCAUUCUUAGUAAAUCUUUUCAUGUGCAUUUAAUGGUCUUAGGAAGUAAUUAAAAGUGCUUUUUUAAAAAUAUCUAACUUCAAAAAUUUAUAUCAAUCUACAUAGAAAAUUCUAGUCAUCUAAAACCCUCUACUCUUAAAAAAAUUUUGGGUAACUGUCAUAUAAAUUGGGAAGGUUAUUGCUUCCACAUUAUGUAGAUGUGUAUGCAGACUUUGACUCUUGCUAUACUAAUUGUUUGAAUACAAAAUAUGAUGCUUUUCCUUAAGUAUUACCAUGUAAACUGGAGAUGUGGUUGCUGGUUUGAUUAGCAAUAAGAUAUGUAGCUUUACACUACAGAGGGGUUUCUGUGAGUAAAACAACUAAUUGAAGGCAACCUGUGUUUGUAUAAUCUACUUAAAAGCAGUCAUACAUAAAAAAAUGUAAAGUCCCACCUGAUACUGAUAGUUAUUCACACACAAAAGCUGGUCUUUGCUCUUAGUAAAGAGCACUGUUUCUCCCUAGAGUGCAUUUCUGUUCUAGUCAGAAGUAAAAGUUUGGCCAUUUUGUGAUAUCACUAAGACUUUUGUCUGCACUGAAGUACAUUUUUUUAGUACAUGUAUACUGAUGUUGCUAAAUCAUAUUUCACAUGUGAUGUUCAAAAGCAAGAUGACAAGAUACAGGUUGAUUUCCAGGUGGCUAACCUUUGACUUUUCCUGAUGAUUUUGAUUGAAACUAUCAUCACAGAACCUCACAUUGUAUAUAUCUGAAAUAACAUAACCAAAGCUGUUCAGGAAUUAGAGUAAUCAGUAUUCUCAGAAAUGAAUAGGAAAUCUAAUAUUCAUAAAAGUUUUGUGCAAGAAUUUAAUAAAAUAGCAUUUACUUAAGCACUUACAUUUUAGGGUUCAGGAAUUAGCACCCCAAAAUAAAGUAGCCUAGAUGAGCUCAACUUAAACAAUAGUGCUUGAGUAAUUUCUUAAUUGAUCUGUGUGUAUAAUCUAUGGCAAAUUAAAAAUCAUUAGUUGA